AAUCCUCCGAACGCGUUUGAAUUUCAACUAGAGCGGUUGAAACGGCGCUGCGUCGCGUGAAAAACUGAAAAGCCGGCAAAACGGUUGUGUGGAAAACUGAAAGCAAGUGUUGUGUCAUUAUAAACGGUAGCCAAAACGAGCCAUUUAAUAAGCAAACCAGCUUGCCAAUAACCAUUUACCAUUAACCAUCAAGGAAUCGUGAUAACAAAACGGAGACGAAAAAUCAGACACAAACCGGCAGCAAUUUGUUAAUUUUAAACGUCGUGUGUGUUCCUCUCCUGGCAACAACAGCAAAAACGAAUACAAGCAUUUAAAUUGCAUUUUUAAGAGUUACUUUAGUUAAACAAGAAACAGAUAAUGCAAGGUCAUUAAGGUCAAAUGUUGUGAUGCAAGUGACAAAAUCAAAAUUGGAGUAAAUAAGGAUAAGGUUGAAAAUAUAUAAUAAUAUCAUUUCCCUCUUUUCCUGCCCUUUCUUCGUAAUUUUUUUUGGGCAUCUCGCGUCGCGUAACAGAACGGUAAAUCUUUCGCCCUGCGUGUUUGUGUGCGUGUUUGAGUGUGCGUUUUUCGGUUUUGUUUUCGUCUUCUCCUUACCGUUCUUUUCUCCACCUUCAAUUGCCAUUCCAUCUCCUAAUUUCUUCCACGAAAAAAACGAAAAUUAUAUAAAUACCGAAAACUGGCGCACAUAAUGACAUGGUGUUAAUGACUUUGAAGAAACAAUGCAGAGCAGCGGCGGCGCCAAACAAAAUGUGAGGAUAAACCAGCGUUGGAGCCUUCUGGGAUUAUGCUAAAAAUGCUCAAAGUACGAUAUAAAUUUUUAUGAGUGUACGCGUUGAAUUUUUACGACUGUCUGGGGCGGGGAAAAGAAUUAGAGAAAAUGCUCCAGGGAGGACGAUUUAAAACAAUACAAUAGCUUAAAGUGGCAACGGAAAUUGCAUGCAAGCAGGAGGCGUGGCACUGAACGCCCCCAGCACGUGACGCGCACCAACACAGUAAAACUAAUAGACGCCAUUUUGUAGCGGUAAUUGGCAGGGCACACGUAAGCAGAGCCAUCAGCUUCGUCAGCUCCGUCUUAUAUAAAACACCACCCAGAAAUCCGGCAGAAACCGAACCACCCACUCACCUCAUCAUGGCCGUUAGCAACAUUGUCUGCGAGUGGCUAAGAGCUUUGGGCCUGGCCCAAUACGCCGAGAGCUUCCUGGACAAUGGCUACGACGACCUGGAGAUCUGCAAACAGGUCGGCGAUCCCGAUCUGGACGCCAUCGGCGUUGAGAAUCCUGCCCAUCGACACAAGCUGCUGAAGAGCAUCAGAUCGCUGAGGGAGAAGGGCGCCGCCUCCGUCUACUUCAUGCUCAACGAUCCGAACUCCCUAUCCGGCAGCAUGGAGAUCCUCUGCGAAACACCGCCCAGCAACGAACUGGAGCUUGUCCUGCGGGAGCAACUGGAAACGGACGGAGUCCGACUCACGGCGCAUCCAUACUCAACACCGCCCUCUAGUUGUUUGUCCGACAAGGAGGAAGAUGAAAUCUACGGAUUUGGCUAUGGCGUCUUUGCACCCCGAGUGGCGCGAGGAGGGUUAACGCAACAGCAGCAACUGCUGCAGCAGCAGACGCUGCAGACGCAGCAGAGCAUACAGCAGCAGCAACUGCAACAGCAGCAUCAGCAGCAGCAACAGUUACCAAUUGUGCCAGGCCAACAGCAACAAGCGGGAGUUGGACCGCAUCAGCAUCAGCAUCAGACUCUGCCACCGAAUGUCGCCCAUUUGAACUUUGUGCAGCAAAACUGCCUGAGUCCCCGCUCUGCUUAUUUUUAUGAAUUUCCACCGACAGCUGAGGGUCGCGAGACAAAGAAACGCACCACACUGGCCCGACUGCUGAAAGGCUUGAAGACUGUCAAUCGACGGGAUCGGAACAAUCAACAAAAUGGCGCUCAGGCCAGGGCGGCCAACGAUCGUCUGAGGCACUUUCAAAUGAUAAACGGCGGCGCCGGCGGACAGCAGCACAGUUUCGAGGAGACAAUCCACAGGUUGAAAGUACAAGAGGCCAUGCGGAAAAAGGAAAAAUUUCAACGUGAACACGAGGAGAUCCUGCGUGACAUUCGACAAGGACUGUUGCAAAUGAGUCGAGGAGAAGGACGCAUGGACGAUACGUACAUGUACGACGAGGCGCUGAGAACGGGCGGUGGCAUGGGCAUCGCCGGACUGGGCAUGCCCAUCGGAGUGGGCGGCGGCGGAGGAGGCGGGGGAGCGGCACAUUAUGCGGUGAGUGCGCUGCAUCAUCAAGGUCAUUGGUAUGACGAGCCGCCCUACGAGAGCGAUCCCGAUGACUUUCUCAUGGCCGGGCUCAACUGCGGACCAGCUGCCACUAUUCAGGGUGGCCGAGUGCGCUUCUCGAACAACCGCGAGAGCACGGGCGUAAUUUCAUUAAGAUCCGCCGGAGAUAUUUCAUUGCCGCAACGUGGACCGCCGCGUAGAGGUCUUAUCGUGCCGCAGCAGCCGCCAAAUCCACCGACAAUAAUACCCUUAACGCACGCCAGAUCUCAUGAUCGUGAAAGCGGCGACUAUGCGGGCUCCAUCUCAGACCUCCAAAGCGUUACCUCCAGGCUCAGUGCGGUGUCGAUUGGCACCAACAACUGCACGGCCCGCUACAGGACGCUGAGCGGCGGAAUCGGGGAGUCGCCCUCGCUGUCGCCCAGUCCGUCGUCGGAUUACGAGGACAUCGGAGUGACCCGGGGUCACGGAUGCCUGCCGCCCAGCCUCCUGGCCGCGAAGGCCAAAAAGAACGGACUGCCGCACGGCAAGGCGAACACCAUUUGCCAGAAGGCCACGGUGCAUCAUUCGGGCGAGAUGCGUAGCUCGGCAAAGGAAAUUGGCGCAUUUAAUGAGAAUGGACGAAACUUUGUUGCCACAAAGGAUACGUCGAGGGAUUUCAGCAAUUCCCAAGAUAAUACCGACCGUGGCAGCAUGAGCGAUCAGGCGUUUGCCUGUUCGGCCAGCUCCGUGGAAAGUUUGCCCAGCGCUUCCGGUUCGAGUACCCAAGCGCUGGUUCGUCCUGGCAGUCCGCACAGCUCGAUUUCGGCCGAGGAUCGCACCUCGACGGCCAGCUGCAUCUGCAAGGCCAAGGCUCUCGUGGAUAGUUUGCCCAAUCCCUACGACAAGGAGGCACUCAAAUUCAAGAAGGGCGAGCUUAUUGAUGUGCUGUCGAUGAAUGCCUCGGGCAUUUGGAAGGGACGAUGUCACGGCCGCGUGGGCCACUUCAAGUUCAUCAACGUGGAGGUGCUCCCCGAGCAGCGCAUGAAGAACUCCAGCAGCAAGACCCUGGCCCCCGGCUCCCGGCUGGCCAAUCCUGGCAACGGAAGCCACAAUGGAGGUCCCUGCUCCGUGGAGGACCUGCUGAUUCGCAUCGGACUCAAGGAGUACACCUCCGUCUUCGUGCUCAACGGCUACGAGGACCUGGAGCUGUUCAAGGAACUGGAGCCCGCCGAUCUGGACUACCUGGGCAUUCUCAAUCAGGAGCAUCGCGCCAAGCUGCUGACGGCUGUGCAGCUGCUGCAUGACAUUGAAUGCUCCGAUGUGGACAUAGCCGGCUCCAGCUCGGAAAAUGAUGAGGCCCGCCUGAACAACAUCAACAUCAAGCAUGGAGCAUCGCCCUUUGGCCGGCGGCACUUUCCCCGCGAUUCCGGAUGCUACGAGGGAUCCCCACUGCCCAGUUCGCAGACACCCACCCAGGCGGUGAACUCGACGGACGAGUCGAACAGCCUGGACGACGUGGUGACCAAGUGCUCCAGCGAGAUUAUGAAGCGCGUGGAGAGCGCCCGUCGCUGCAAGGACAAUCCGUUCAAGGCCACACUGCCGGGCGGAGGCCGCCUCGGCAAGAAGUCCUUUCUCGGCGGCAACGGCCUUAUGGCGGACGAUACGCUCACGCGUGGAGGGCUUAGCGAGAAGUCGAGCGAUUCGGGGGUCAGCAGCAGUUCGCUAUCGUCGGGUCCGCUGAAGAGCAGCACUUAACAUUUGCCCACCAUUCUGGCCCACGAGCUGCUGCUGGGCGUGGGCUCGGGCAUGGGCAUGGGUCUUGGUCUGGGCCUGAGCCAUGGCACCACCGGGACCCUGACGCCCCACGGACUGGCCACCGCCACCUCGCCCACCGCCCAUUCGGCGCCGCUGGGUAACAUCUGCAACACUCUGCCACAUGCACCAAGCUCCUCCUCCGGCGGAGGCGGAGGGCUGUCCUCCUCCAUGGCCAGUAAUCUGCCACUGAACCGGAACUUGGUGAUGCUGCGCAAUCACCUGCGCAAGAAUACCGGGAGCAGCAUUGCCGGAAAUGGUGGCGCAGGAGCAUCCGGUGUAGGAGUGCAGCUGCUGCAGGAUCAGGACGACAGACUGGAGGAUCAAUAACCCAUUUACUACAUCAAGUUCUUAGUUUAGUCUCCCGUUGAGUUAAGUGUAUUUCAAUUGCUGUGAUUCGAUAGUGAAAACAAAAGGCCAACACGCGUCUUUCAGUUCAAAUGUAUAGUAUGUAUAGAGAGAGAUAGACAGACAGUUAGGGAAAGAGAACGGUAUAGUGGGGGAUGUGUGUUUAGAGAGAGAACGAUAGAGAGCAGAGUUAGUCAGAGUCAGUCAAUCCUUCCUCCGAUAAUGUUGGCAUUUACACAAAUAUAUAACACUUAUAUAUAUAAAUACAGACUUAUAUACAUACACAUCUGCAGAAAAAGAGAAAUUUUAUAUACUUAGAGACGUAACGAAAACGUUUUAGAUAUUUUGACUAUUUUUAGUUAGCCUCAAGCUAUGUAUUGAAUGAGACUUGUUUAUUUGCCAUUUGUUUACUGUUUAAUUGCUUUGUGUAUGCAUAUUUCUCAACGUGAUAUUGUGAAACGUCCAACUUGAAUUGCAUUUUACAUAGAUUCAUUUCCAACGUUUUAAUAACAGACACACACAUAGAAGUUGAUUCCUAUUUUAAGGCACUAAUCUGGGUGCAAGCAAUAGACCAAUUCAAUUUUAACAACCAAACAACAAAAUAUUUAUACACGAAAAGAUACAAACAUAAGAAGAACAGAACACCAACUGCCAUUCGAAACUAAUUUUAAUUUGUUAAACUCGUAUAAGGACAAUGUAAAGGGAACGAGUGCAUCGUGCGAAUCCGUCAGAAACUUGUAUAAAUAAUGCCGAAAAUUGCCAAAUCGAGCAAAAAAAAGUAAUGUACGCUAAGCAAUAUUUUCAAAUCGUCGACUCGUGUCCGGAUCGUGUGUACAUAUAUAGGAUUGCGAUCCAGUUAAGAUUUAUUAUGCCACUUAUAGAAGAUAUCAAAACGUAUCCACUAUGAGCGAUUUAGCGAUAAUCAAAAGCAGACAAUGAAAUUAGUCAGGCAGCGCAAAUGUUUUUAAUCAGUUUCCAUCAAUUAGUUAAAUAAAUGAACGAAUAUUUAUCACGGCACAACAACUACGAAUAACAUAUUAAAAUUUAAACUGAUUAAAAUACAUAUUAGUAGCAUAACCUAGCGUAGAGCAUAUGAUUCUAAUAUAGCAAGUGACUAAAUGUAAAUUAGUUUAUUUGGAGAACGCUUUGACUUCUACUCAGAACGUAAUUAAACCUGAACAUAUUUUGUGAACAUAAGAUAUCGAUAUUCGUAUUGUAACUCAAUUAAUUCUAAUCGCAAAUAAAUUAAAUCAAAUUUAAACAACAAACAAA